CACAGUCCAGCUUCAACUGAACUGCGCCACACGGGCCGCGUCCGCUUUUACCAUAAGCCCAGCAUCGCAGUCCUCGUCGUUUUGUUCGUUGCUGCUCCAUUAGCCUUCUAGCUUUUCGUUCUUUUCUUCUGUACCAAUUACCACGACACGUUUUCUUUGCAGCAUUAAACUCCAGGGCAGGCACCUAAGCAUUGUCCAAGAUUUCAUGUCGAGCAAGUUUCAAAGCCUGUUGCGUUUCCACAUCGCGAACACCAUCGAUGAAUGUCUGCACCGUUAGCUGCUCUAUAAAGCUUUUUUCGGCUUGAAUUCUGCGUAAUAAACCUGCUGCAAAUGUUUGUCACCAUAUCGAGCUUCCAACCGUGGUACAAUUUGCGCGAAGUCCUAAAUGCAUCGAUAAUGUAAAUGUAUGUCAAAUAAAAAUAAUUCACUGACUGACAUACUAAUUUAUUUUCGCCGUUUAUCUUGACGUGUAAGUGGACACGUGCUCCUGUGCCCUUUAGGACAAGCAGCCACUCAUUAGGAAAGGAAGGAAGAUUUAUUUUGCGGGUUCGAAAUUUGGCUUUGUCAAGAUCUAGGAUACGCAAAUGAAUUAGUUCAUUUUUAAUAUUUAAAACAUCAUACACAUAUCAACGUAAUUAUGAUAAAAUAUAUAAAUCAUUUGACCAGUACGUUUGAUUAGAACAAAUAACAGGGCAUCGAUAGUAUCAUACAAAUGUAUUGGAAACUGUUCGCCAACAAUUGUUAAUUUUGUCCACUAAUUAUUCACUAAUUACCUGCUUAUUCCCUAAAAAUGAUGUCAUUAUAGAAAAACGCAGGAAAAAUGUUGGCUACACCUAUUCAAUAAAUAAAAAAUUCAUAAUGUAAUAUGAUGUGCAUUGUUGGUGGUCUAACCACUUGCAAUAAAAUUGGAAUCUAAAUUGACUAUUGCGGAGUGUACGUAUCGAAAGCUGAGUUUACAUUGUAAAUGCAUAUCGACAAUUAGAAUGUAAGUAGUUUGGUAGUUCCCCAUUACAAAGUGAAACCAAUCAAUUUAUAAUAGUUACAAAUUCAAUGGUGAAACGACAAGCGACACGCAAAACAUGUUUAGGGUCACUGAUUGUGUGUAAUCAUACGGUUGUAUCACGUGACAUUUAAACAAAACAACGGUGGAAAGUGAAAACAUGAAAUAUGAGAAUUGCGGCAUCUGCACAUUGUUCGUUUAAAAAAGUGGAAAUUAUAAACUCCAUACCUACACCAAAACGACCACGGAGCAACUGCUGUUAAAAAUCGUUGAAGCGCAGAGGCACAAGGAAAUUAAGCGGUUAAUGGAUUGUUGUCAUCAUAAAGUGAUUGAAAUAAAAAUUGAAUUACAAUAUGAAUGAGUCAUCUACAAAGAUAUGUAAUGUUCAAUAUUUGCAAUUUCAAUUUACCCAAAACAGGUAUUCCCUAAUUAUUAAUAGUUAACCUCAAAAUGUUAAGAAUGGCAUCAAAAGCAUUAGUGAACUACUUGUGGUUGACCAUUUUAAUCAAAUUUGUAAAUACGAUAGAAUUGCAACAUUACAUAUCGCACAAACCCGAAAUAAAAAUAAACAAAUGUUGCGAGCCGUUUGAAAUCCUACUUGACGACCGUUGCACUCACAUCAACAAGACCAACGAAACGAUAUGGCAUCCGAUGUUUACCAGUGAGAAUGGCAAAAAGCAGAAUGUGCAGGUGGAUUACAUAAUCGUUACAGGAAAUCCAGAUUGUGGAUCAAUGCAAAUAUGGCACAUUUAUUACUAUCAGGAAUCGACAGACGUUUUGCAAUUGUUACCGAAUGGUGCGUUGAGGCACUACCCGCAUUAUGUGUCGCCCGAGGAAGAUCUUAAUAGGGAAAUUAUGUAUCACGACUAUCCACCUGGGAAAUAUUGCAUGGAAAAGCAUGUUAAAGGCUCAUUGGUAAGUGAAUACGCUUCAGUUUGCGCACCAGAGCAUCGCACAGACUGGACAAGUUCGCCGUUUUUAAUGCGCAACAUAAUAAGCCCAAUUACGCAUGGCAUCAGCAUGGCUUGUUUUUUGACCAUCGCUAUAAUUUACUUUAUAAUGCCUACGCUACGCGAUUUGGUGGGCAACAUAAUUACCACGAUUUGCGUGUGCUUAAUCGUGAGUCAGGCGGCCGACACGAUUCGAUUACUAACAGUAUUCACUAACCACGUCAGUAUAAUCGCAGCAGAAACGCUUUGCUACAUAGCCUUGUUAGGUAGCUUCUUUUGGCUUAAUAGCCUCGGAUAUUAUGUAUGGAAGACAUUUAAAUCGCGUAAUGUGUUUUUACGCAUUACUGAUGGCAAAAAAUAUUGUUACUAUUCUGCUUAUGCUUGGAGUUGCACAAUUGUAAUGGGGGCGCUGGCUUUAUUUGCCCAUUACACUAUGGACUACCAAGAGAAGAGCAAAUCGAAAUUCGAAUACGAACAAGAAACUAUUGGGUCACUAGGUAUUAUAAUAUUCUUUGUGCCAGUCUCUUUUACAGUAUUAGUAAAUGUAUUCUUUUUUGUAACGACACUCAAAAUAUUAAAUCGAAUGAAUACGUACGGACGAAUACAUCACAAGUUAAAGCAUAGUUUUCGCAUGUUUUUAUUAUUAUUUUUGGUAAUGACAUUGACAUGGUUGUUUUUCUUAUUAUCGUUUACUCGAUUUGAAGGCCUUGUAUACUGUUACAUCGUAAUUAAUGCAUUACAAGCACCUUUAUUUCUGUACAUAUGUGUGGUAAAUCAAGCCCAUGUCGCAUUCUUAGUACAAAAAACUUGUUGUUACACCAACUGCGCAUGCGCAUGCUGUAAGCCUAAUCCCGAAUGUGAAUGGGGCGACGAGAUGACUGCUAUGAAUACGGGAGCAUAUUAAUUUUAGGUGUUUUAUUUGUGAGGGUGACAUUUUUUUUAAUUUAUAAUUUUAUUUAAGACUAAUUCUUGUUUGAGAAAUGCCUGAUCUGAUUUUUAAUCUCGUAAAAUCUUAUACAAAUAGCUGUAAGUUUAAAAUCUAAUAUAUUUUUUUUAUUUUCUUAUGUACUUGAAAUAAAUAAAGUAAAUGAAAAUCG